AUGACGAGUUCUUCUUGGUCGUUUCCACCUUGGGGUAUGGAUGUCAGUGGUCCUAUUGAACCAGCCACCUCAAAUGGACACAGAUUUGGAUUCCCUGAGUCAAUUAGUACAGAUACUGGAGCUAAUCUUAAUAACAGUUUGAUGCAUGAAAUAUGUGAGAAAUUCAAAUUUAUUCACCGCAAUUACACUCCUUAUCGACCUCAGAUGAAUGGAGUAGUUGAGGCAGCCAACAAAAAUAUCAACAAGAUAUUGCGGAAAAUUAUUGAUAACUACAAGCAUUGGCAUGAGAAUUGGCCAUUUUCCCUUCUUGGCUACCGCACCAUGAUAAGGAUUUCGAUCGGGGAAACCCCUUAUAUUUUGGUUUAUGGAACAGAAGCAGUGUUACCAAUGGAAGUUGAGAUACCAUCUUUGAGGAUCAUCCAAGAAGCCGAGUUAAGUGAUGCCGAGUGGACGCAAAAUCGGUAUGAACAAUUGAUGCUCAUUGAAUCUUUGAGGAUCAUCCAAGAAGUUGAGUUAAGUGAUGCCAAGUGGACGCAUAUUCGGGAUGAACAAUUGAUGCUCAUUGAUGAAAAGAGAAUGAAUGCAGUUUGUUAUGAGCAACUUUAUCAAUAUAGGAUGACCAAAGUUUUCAACAAGAAAGUAAGAUUGAGAGAGUUUGAACCGGGACAAUUGGUGUUGAAGUGA